AUGGCCCCUAUGGAAGUUCCCCAGUUACACUUUCUAAGUGAAGCAGCUGAGUGGUUGGCCACACGUAGCCCAUCCACGUCAGCGCAUCUCUUAGGUGUUCAUACCCGGAUGCUUCAUGAGGAGUUGAAACCACUCAAUACCCACCAAAAAAAGCAUCAUUGUGCCUGUGGUAGCUUGAGAAAAUCUCCAAAAACCACUCAAGUCACUCGAGUCCAAGAAAAGGGAAAGAAGAAAGCCAGUUUCAUGGGGAGUGCCACGGUGUACAAGUGUUUGCGCUGUAGGCAACGAACAGUACUUUCACGUCAAAAGUCACUAUCUAAACCCUCUAAACCUUCUGCUCGUCCUUCAGUUCCUGCAACUGCUACAACUUCUCCAAUUCCAUCAACAUCAAUCCCAGCAGAAUCUUCAGCAUCCGAAUUAUCAGCACUGUCUGAUCCACCUAAAACAGCCGAGAACGUCAGCAGCAAAAAGCGAGCUAAAACCCGCAAGAAAGGUGGACUCCAAGCACUCCUGGCCGCUAAACAAAAAAGUCAACCUGAACGAGGCUCUUGGCCUCUGGAGCUCGGAGCGGCCCCACUUAAUUCCGGGUUAGCGCGGGGUGGAGGCAAGCUCCAACAAUGUCGAUACGACUCCCUUCUGUGA